AUGGAUGAGAAGCCAUCGAGUGAUAUUUACUGGGAAUACACAAAUGGGCUCGAGAACUUCUUGAAAUUGCAUUCUUACCCUCCAAUCACAUGGAUUUCUCUGAAUAAAUCACAGGAAGAUAAAAGUUUCGAGGACAGAAUUCUCUCAGUUGCGAAUUUGGGAUGUCAAGGAUACAUAGUUGCGACUCCAAGGGUUAAGGACUUUAUCACACUGAAAUACAACGUUACGCAGAAGUCAAUUCUACACCGUCGGAAUGACUAUUUCAUCUUUCUUCUUGAUGACCAAGACGGCAGCCUCACGCAAGAGAUCCUUCAUCAUAGUGCAAUGAAACUAUAUCCAUCACACUUAAUAGUGAGAAACUCCAAAAAUGGAACCUUUGACUUGAUAACACAGAAAUUUGUCAGUAAUUUCAAUAAUGAAGAGGGCAUGCUGCUAGAUAUUCUUCAAAAGGACGGUUCCUUGAAAGAAAAUGCUGCAAUAUUCCCUGACAAAUUGAAUAACUUGCAAGGCAGGGACAUUCCGAUGGGCACUCACACUUAUCUCCCGUAUUCAGUCAUACAGAAAGCUCCAUAUAAUGGGAACAAAGGAAAUGUUGAUGAAUUGGGUGAAGAUCAACCAAAGACUUUGUUUAUUGAUGGAACUGAAGCAAUAAUGGUGAUUGAAUUCAGCCGACUCAAGAAUUUCACUAUGAAAUUCAAAAUGUUUGGAAUUGAGGAGUUCGGAUCUAUUUAUGCCAACGGCACAGGAGAAGGUAUACUUGGAAAUAUUUACCUAAAAAAUAUUGAUUUUGGGUUUGGCUGCACGUCAUUGUGGUAUUACGAACUGUUGGAUUACUCUCACGUAAACGCUGCAUCCACUGUAGUUCUUAUCAUUCCCGCUGCUAAAAUGUUACCCCCAGCUAUAGCACCAUUACUGCCCUUCACAUGGAAAGUUUGGCUGGGAAUAACGCUUACAAUUCUUAUAGACAUCCUCGUUUACUAUUGGCUCGGAUGGCACUCAUUGAAAGAGUCAGGCAAGGAGUCAAGUUGGAGCUCUGCAAUGCUGAUUGUCGGAGGAAUUUACCUUCAACAGUGCAUUCCGGAUACGAAGAAAGACUCUUCAGUGCGAGGUCUCGUAGCUAUUCUCCUCGUUUCUAGUCUCGUCUUGGGAAAUUCAUAUGGUGGAGCCCUGUCCAGUGUCCUCACGGUGCCAUCAUACGAAGACUCAGUUGACACUGUUCGAAAAAUUGUGGAUAAAGGAUAUAAAUGGGGAGGACCGUCACUCGCUUGGGUUAACACUAUAAUGCGAGCAGAAGAUCCUGAUUAUCAGGCAUUAAUCAAGAACUUUGAAGUCCAUCCAGUGGAAAAGCUCCGAGAGCUAUCAUUCAGACAUGACUAUGGAUUAGCAUUUGAAAAGACAACUUCUGGAAGAUAUGCUUUUGGCCCUCAUAUCAAACUGGAUGUUCUGGAUCAUUUCGAGCUUUUUAAGAAAUUCCUCUUCUUCGAAUGGAGCACACCUAAUGCUGUUAGAGGAUGGCCAUUGAUGGAAUACUUCAACAAGCACCUCCUCGAAGUCCUUCAGCAUGGACUUUUUGAUUUUUGGGAACGGAGGAGCACAGCGAAAUACUUCGAUGUGACGACUGAACUCGUUCUUCAGCACAUCGCCAGCGGUCAUCACAUGAAUCCAGGUGUUAUUGAGCUGCAGGUUUCCCAUAUUUCAGGAGCUCUUUUUGUCUUAGCCAUGGGACUUUUGAUCGCUUUUCUUGUCUUUCUCGUGGAACUUCUAGCGUUUCAUUAUCAUAAGCGUCACUAAAUACCACAGUAGGAAUGACCUUAUCACUAUCUUAAUCUAAGAUUAUGAAUCACGAAGCUUAUUGGAUGAUACAAAUCACAUUGCAUAUGGACGGAAAAGCAGAUUAUUAUCACUUUAAGCACUUGAUAAGGAGAAAUAGAAUUGGAAAAUUCCUUUGAAAAAUUUCUAUGGAGCAUUUUGAGAAAGAAAACUGAUGC